AUGCAGCCGACAGACUCUUAUGAUAUCCCACAAAGCCAUGAAACGUUGAAUGCAAUUCCAAUUCCAGUCCCCGUGACAUUCAAGCAGAAAAAGGAGAGACAGAGAGAAAGAGGCUCUGUGGGCGGUUUAGCAUGUUUAAACAUUUCAACAGGUUUGAGGUUACAUGAAGUUAGAUUGUCGGGUAUUUUUCAUGACGAUCUGGCUAGCCUACCAUGGAGCAUCGAUGCUGAUCAACAAGUUGAAAGUCAAAUGAUGAUACAAUCGGAAAACUCUAUCCAUACUUUACUCGACUUUUGCAUGAUUGACGGCUAUUGA